UUCCUAACAUCCAUUAAUCUCUAUAUUUCUGAAGUAAAAAAAAUACUUUUAAAACAUUUUUGCAACAUUCUGUCAAUUAUAUUUUUGAUUUGUAUCCACUGAAACAUUUCAUAUUUCUAGGUUCUACCUAUCCAGCAAUGGCCAAGUCAAAGAAUCACACAAAUCAUAACCAAAAUCGCAAAGCUCACCGUAAUGGAAUAAAAAAACCAAAACAGUUUCGCCAUGAAUCAACCUUAGGGAUGGAUGCCAAAUUCUUAAAAAACCAAAGGUUCUCUAAGAGGCACAAUCUUAGCGCCAAGCAACAACUUAAGCGUGCAAAUGAAAGGAAAACAGAGCGCGAUAAUAAAGGAAAGAAAUAGGUGUAACAUUACUUAGUAAUAAAAUUUUCUAAAACAAA